UGACGGUAUCUUAAUGGACUCUUUUUGCCAGCAACAAGGAUGGGUGCGCGUUCAUGAUGUGAAGGGCCCGCCCACGCACCGCUUCUCCUGCGGACAGUCGCCUUUCUCCGACCCGUGCGUGUGGGAGAGGAAGUACUGUAUCCUGACCGAUAGCCAGCUGAUCCUGCUCAACAAGGAGGAAGAGAUGCCGGUCGAAGUCGUCCACGAGUGCCCCACGGCCAUGUCGUCCAAAGGCAGGAGCCUGAGACGGACAGUCAGCGUGCCUUCUGAGGGACAGUUCCCCGAGUAUCCAGCAGAGGGAGCUCCCAUGUUAGAGGUGUCGGCUGAGCGUUCUCCCAGGCGGAGGAGUAUAUCGGGCCUGGGAAGCUCAGAGAAGAACAUAUCCAUGGACGGGCCCAACUCCUCGCCCUUCAAAGUGCCGGGUUUUUUCAGUAAACGACUGAAAGGAUCAAUCAAGAGAACAAAGAGCCAGACCAAACUGGACCGGAACACAAGCUUCAGGUUGCCCUCCAUUCGGUCCAGCGAAAACGACAGAUCAAGAGCGUUGCCCAAGCUGAAGGAGUCUUGUUCCCAUGAGUCUUUGCUGAGUCCGGGCAGUGCAGUGGAGGCGUUGGACCUGAGCAUGGAGGAAGACAUCUAUAUCAAACCCUUACAUAGCAGCAUCCUGGGACAGGAGUUCUGUUUUGAGGUGACAUACUCAGGUGGCAGUAAGUGUUUCAGCUGCUCCUCAGCGUCGGAGCGAGAUAAAUGGAUGGAGAACCUGAAGAGAACCGUACAGCCCAACAAGGACAACUGCCGGCGGGCGGAGAACGUGCUCCGUCUGUGGAUCAUCGAGGCCAAAGACCUGCCGCCCAAGAAGAGGUACUUCUGCGAACUGUGCCUGGAUGACGUGCUUUACGCUCGCACCACCAGCAAAACCCGCACCGACUGCCUGUUCUGGGGCGAGCAGUUCGAGUUCUCCACCCUGCCCUCCGUCAAGAGCAUCACCGUCCACAUCUACCGCGAGGUGGACAAGAAGAAAAGGAAGGACAAGAACAACUACGUGGGUCUGGUGAACAUCCCCGUGCUGGGGGUGACGGGGAGGCAGUUCGUGGAGAAGUGGUACCCGGUCAGCACCCCCACCACCAACAAGGGGAAGGGUGGAGGCCCCUCCAUCCGAAUCAAGUCCAGGUUCCAGACCAUCUCCAUCCUGCCCAUGGAACAGUAUAAGGAGUUUGCGGAGUUCGUGACGAACAACUACACCAUGCUUUGUUCGGUGCUGGAGCCCGUGAUCAGCGUGAAGAAUAAGGAAGAGAUGGCCAGUGCUCUGGUUCACAUCCUACAGAGCACGGGGAGAGCUAAGGACUUCCUGACAGACCUGGUGAUGUCAGAAGUGGACCGCUGUGCUGAUCACGAAGUGCUGAUAUUCAGGGAGAACACUCUGGCCACCAAAGCCAUUGAGGAGUACCUCAAACUGGUUGGCCAGAGAUACCUGCACGAUGCACUGGGAGAGUUCAUCAAAGCUCUGUAUGAGUCAGACGAGAACUGUGAGGUGGAUCCGUCAAAGUGUCCCGGCAGCGAACUGCUGGAACACCAGAGCAACCUUAAGAUGUGCUGUGAGCUGGCCUUUUGCAAGAUCAUCAACUCUUACUGCGUGUUUCCACGGGAGCUGAAGGAGGUGUUUGCUUCGUGGGAGCAGCGGUGUCAGAUGCGGGGGAAACAGGACAUAAGUCAUAGGCUAAUCAGCGCCUCCCUGUUCCUGCGCUUCCUCUGUCCGGCCAUCAUGUCUCCUUCCCUCUUCAACCUCAUGCAGGAGUACCCGGAUGACCGCACCUCCCGAACACUCACCCUUAUCGCCAAAGUCAUCCAGAACCUCGCCAACUUCGCCAAAUUUGGGAACAAAGAGGAGUACAUGGCCUUUAUGAAUGAUUUCCUGGAGCAUGAGUGGGCAGGCAUGACCAAGUUCCUGCUGGAGAUCUCCAACCCAGAGACCAUCUCCAACACGCCAGGUUUCGAAGGCUAUGUGGACCUGGGCAGGGAGCUGUCCGUACUCCACUCCCUGCUCUGGGAGGUGGUGUCUCAGCUAGACAAGGCAACGGUGGCCAAACUGGGGCCCCUUCCGCGUAUCCUUGGCGACAUCACCCGCUCGCUGUCCAGCCCCACCCCCAUCCAACAGCAGCUGCGUCGAUUCCAGGACCACAGCUCCGCCCACAAUAUCAGCGGCAGCGUCUCAUCAGGACUGCAGAGGAUAUUCGAGGACCCGGCAGACAGUGAGAUCCGCAGCGUCAAAUCUCCAGUCCAGGAGCAAGCGGAGCCUGCCGCCCGGGGAAAACACCCCUCGCUGGGUCAGCAGUCCUCCGCGCACAGCAUGAGCUUCUCUGACAAGGAGGAGAGAGAGAGUCACCUGCCCAACGGGCGCAGCAUCUCUCUCAUGGAUCUCCAGGACUCCCACCUCCACCAGGGCCAACAGCCGGCCUCCCUCUCCACGAGGCCCCCCCCGAGACUGGGCCGCGUGGGUUCCCAGGCCUCCAUCGGCCCCCUCCCGCCUCCCCACCAUCCGAACGCGCCCCUGCCGGCCCAGCCCAAAGCCCCGCAGCUGAGGGACAACCUCCCUCAAAGCGCCCCCCAGGUUCGCCGGCCCCUCCACCCGUCCCUCAGCCAGCAACGCAGCCUGCAGCCCCUCUCUUUCCAAAACCCCGUCUAUCACCUGAGCAACCUCCACGCCCAGUCCACGCACUCCACCCGCUCCACGCCCUCGGCCCAGUCCCUGCAGCCCGACUCCAGCUCGGAGAACCUGAGCAGUGGCAGCUCACGCAGCGGCAGCCCCAGCACGGCGGGAGGAGGGCGGGGCGCCACGCCCAGGGCCAGAAUCCCCUCCGCCAGCAGCCUGGAGGAGGAGGCGGCGAGUCGACGGGGACCCCAGGGCGAGGAGUGCCCGCCGCCCAACGCGGCCCGUUGGCACCCGCCCCUGCAGGACCUGCACCCGGCCGCGGCGGUGGUGGCGGUGCCCAGGCAGAGCAGCGCGGGCACCGCCCACAUCGUGAAGGUGGAGCAGCAGAGCCGGACGGGCGGGGCCGGGGCGGGGGCGGGGAACGGAGGGGCGAGGACCCCCAGGUCUCUGCCUCACAGCGCCUCCCUGAGGAGCAGCAGCAGCGUCAACACGGAGCCUCCCCCGCAGAGCGGAGUUCGCUCCCGUCAACAGUCGACCUGCUCCAGAGACAGCCCUGUACCAUCCAGCAGAGGGAACAAACAGGUUCAGUCCCCUGUGGAGUCGGUGACCAUGUCUCCCGUGGAGAGAACAGCAGCAUGGGUGCUGAAUAACGGCCAGUACGAGGAUGAGGAGGAGGAGGAGGGCCAGAAUAGGGAGGACACCAAACAUGUGGAGAAGUACGAACAGGAGAUCUCAAAGCUGAAGGAGCGUCUGCGCGUGUCCAGCCGACGCCUGGAGGAAUAUGAGAGGCGCCUGCUUGCGCAGGAGCAGCAGAUGCAGAAGCUGCUGAUGGAAUAUAAAAACCGGUUAGAGGACAGUGAAGAGCGACUGCGCAGACAGCAGGAGGAGAAGGACAGUCAGAUGAAGAGCAUCAUCUGCAGGUUGAUGGCUGUGGAGGAGGAGCUGAAGAGAGACCAUGCAGAAAUGCAGGCUGUCAUAGAUGCCAAACAGAAGAUUAUAGAUGCACAGGAGAAACGAAUCAGCUCCCUGGAUGCAGCUAACUCGCGGCUAAUGAGUGCCCUGACGCAGGUGAAAGAGCGUUACAAUAUGCACAAUAUGCGUAACGGCCUCUCGCCCACCAAUCCCACCAAACUCUCCAUCACCGAGAACGGAGAGUUCAAGAACAGCAGCUGCUGACCCGGUGCUGUCCAAGCCGAACGAGCUCCGCUGAUAGGUGCUCUUUCAAACCGACAAAGGGUGCCGAUUGGUCAAACCCCAGACUGAAGACACUGACAAGCAUUUGGUUCAUAGCCACGUUUCUUUCUGACUACUACGUACGCAGAUUAAUAAAGAAUGUCUGGUUAUAAAUGUAUAUAAAAUGUAUCUUGUAUUGGUCUUGUACAGAGA